CCCGUCCACGCCGAUCUUGUCUUCUCGAUCAUAUCACCGUCUUCAUGACGAAGACAUUCCUCAUCGUGCAUACAGUGAACGUACCGAAACUUCAUGUACUUACUAUAACUGAACGAAACAUCAAACAAUCGUUUCUUCGAUUUCGAUUCCACUGUUAUUGCAGAUUUUCAAACGAAUUAUUCUUUAUGUGAAUUUACGGCGUUUAUUAGAAUUAAUGAUAAAGUGAAAAAGGUCUUGACCGAAAGAACCCAAGUAUUCAUUUAGCGUCGAUACUUCUAACUACUGUUUCAACAAUUAUAAAAAGUGAAAAUUAGUGAAAUGCAAACGAAUGCUACAGUCGAUCCCGAACAACACCCUACGUCAUCUCGUGAACUGCUUCAUUGGAAUAAGGCAUUUGAACUUGACAAAAACUGGUUACGCUAAAUUGGAAAAAAUGAAAGCUGAGCUAUGAAAAAAAGCAACGUUCUAGCUUCGGUUCAUUGAUUUUUUUUUUAUCAACAAAAAGAUAAGAGAAGUGAAAAGAAAAUAAAAAAUAGAUAAAUGUGAUACGCCUCAUAGAACAUAUUCAGCAAUACCAACUCGCUCGACGAAUGAUUGUAUACUUUUUUUCAUUCCUUACGCUGAGUGCAUAUGACGCGCAUACGCGUGGGGUAAAUUUUUUCAAGUACUGCCAAGCGGUUAGCUGCACAGUUGUAUAACCGUUUUACAAACAAGCAAUCGAAACUGUAGAAAGCACUAGAUAGAACGGCGGGAAGGAUAUUCUUUUCUAUUUGCAUGCAAUGCGUGAAAAUGAAAAAAAUAACGACGGUGCAGGAAUCAAGAAGACAAAAGUAAAAUAAAGCCAUCAAUUCUUUAGAAUACAUUAAAAGCAUCCCAGUCGUGUUUGAAAUAAAUCCACAAUCUCUUCAGGCUACAAGUGCUCCGUCUCUUCCGGUAUAUUUCAUUUAAUGUUAUGGUCAUGAAACCCGCGAUACCAUUACCUCAUUUACUCUUUGGUGAAUUAUUUGAAUUUUAUAGUAAAGUACUCACUCAUAUAGCCUACUCAAAAAUGUUACGAGAAAGCACGCAGAUAUGCUGAUGACUAAAUCCGAAUGACUUUGAUUAAAUCGUCUUUCGUCGUAUUCAACGAGUAAAACGUUGUGUGUCACGAUCCGUAAGUGUUUAGUUUUGAAAGGAUUUCUGGAGGUUCAAGGGGGAAGGAGUAGUUUCUCCGGCCAAAAGAAGAUAGCAGUAAAAGUGAAGCGAUAAGUUGCAGUGAAAAGGAUUGCAGUACUGGCGGAGUAAAUGAUGGAAACGCCUUAAUUUUCUCCAAUGAUGACGGUUUGAAGAAUCGUCUUUAAUAACUGGCCCUCGUGAUACAUGAUGCCCCAGGAUGUUACGACGUUGUGGUGUAAAAAACAACCUGUUAAAAAAAACGUUAUCGUGUGCCGAAGAGGACGACAACGAGUUGUUAAGCCUUUAGGAUUCCCAGAUACAAGCCUCAACCUAUUAAAACGUUAAUCUCGCGGACUUCUCGCACUACCGGUUAUACUUACAGAUCAAGCAUCACCUCGCGUCUCGCUCCCCUUUCACCACUGCUCGAUGCUGCUUUAAACUGCCACUCUUUCUCGCAUUUCUUGCUUACAUGCGGGUUGAAAUGAGAACACAGGCAACGAGCAUUUCGCUAUCCUUAUUGGCUCAGGAAAACGCAUGCUAAUCUGGCCUGGUAUUCCUUCAUGGUAUGCUAAAAUUGAAAGAGUACAUAAGUAUAAAUAAGAGAGCAUAAUAUAAUCGAGGUAGCCGUGCAAGGAAUACAGGGUGGCCUCAAAGAAAGCGUGCAACAACGUUGGCAAUCAUCUCGCGAUGAGUGGCAUCGAUAUGAUACAAACCAGCGAACGACCAGCGAAACAACCGAAAUAAGAGCAAGAUUAAAGUCACGGAGAGUAGAGCAAGGAUCUUUCCUCAAUUAUAGUUUCUACUAUGCUUUCGGUUGAGAUCGAAUAAAGGGGUGAAACACAACCGAGAAGAUGAAAAUAAAGAUUAUGAAAAUAUCCAGCACGGUUCAUUAAAGAUUGGCAAGAACUUCAUUUACUACGGAUCGUAGAAGCUUCCAUUCCGAUGGAAUGUAAUUUCUAGCCCCGAAUUAGUUUAUCUCGAAUCACUCCUCAAAUUUUUAACCGCGUGCUCAUAGCCAAUGAAGUGAUAAACCUUAUUGGGCCCUAUGAUCGAACGAUCAAGUGCCCGCUAUUACUUGUUCUAUUGGACCAGAACUGAAAAUGAACAGACUUAAACCUAUUCAGCAGUGAAGAACUGUAUCGAAUAUAGGAUAACGAGACAUUUUGUAUUCCGAAAUUCUCACUGAAACUCAAAUCGGAAAUAUAAAAUUAUUAAUUUCAUGGAAUGAACUCGAUAAGAUUUUACAAUCGUGAAGUAGGUUCCAUGAAUGGUAAUUGGUGGCAAAGUUCUGUUGCUAAGCCUUUUGCAAAAAACUAACCAAAACAAGAAGUUGGUUGCUCUUUCGAAUAAAAAGAAAGCCCUUCCACGAGGAUGCUGCUCGAUAGAUCUCCAAAGGUCAAAGCAAAAAGAGGAAUAUCAACAAAUGGUAGCUCGAUAAUAUGUCGAGUCUUGCUAGAAGAAGAAACACCGCGAUCUUCGGAUCUCGAAGAUGGUGGCAGGGUGGUUGUUGGGCCACCAGAGCUCAUCAAGAAGCCUACUUGCGCAAAUUGUACUCGAGAAAAAACAUCGAAGGAGCGGGACAAGGCAUUUCCAGUAUUGGAUCUGAUACUACAGCAAUCUCAGAGUUUCACGAUCAUUGUGAAACAACCGUAUCGUGGGCAUCGGCUCAUAACGUGGAUCAGGUCGACGGAGUAAGCCAUUAUCUCGAUGAUUUCCUGAAAAACCGUCAAAUCAAUGAGGACGAUGAUUCUGAAUGUACUACAACGGAUAUCGGACGUUCCAUUUUGCCAACCGUAGUGUCACGACCAAAUCCUACGGAAAAGUGCGUUGAAUUUCUAACCGGUGCGCGUUCUUGUGUACAUUUUGGUGACAAUAGAGUUAUUCCGAGUGAACAAGUCAAAGGUUCACAUUCACCCUGCCACAUCGAGGUUACCGAACAAAAUCUUGAUAGAAUUUUACAUUCCAAUUAUCAAGAUGUUUCAUCGAAAGUCUGCAGAAGCUGCAGGUGUCCCAGAGACGACCAUCAGCGAGGAAUCAUCGAGGCGGGUGGCGGUGGCGGCACGUCGAGCUUUGCCGGUCUCACCGGAACGACCUCUUCAAUGGCCAUGGCGAUGACCUUCCAAAGUGGAGCUGUUCCCAUUCCCGGUCCUGGCGUACCGCAUCAGGAACCUUUUAAGAGUCCUGUACAAGCGCCUCCUGUUUUACAAGACCAGCUCAUGCACCAUCAGCGACUCUCACAGAGCGAUGAUGACAGUGGUUGUGCUCUUGAGGAAUACACGUGGGUCCCACCUGGUCUACGCCCGGAUCAGGUUCACCUGUACUUCAGCGCUCUACCCGAAGACAAGAUACCCUACGUGGGGAGCGCCGGUGAACGUGAGAGGGUCAAGCAGCUGCUCCAACAAUUACCGCCCCACGACAACGAAGCCCGCUAUUGCAGCGGGCUCUCGGAAGAAGAGAAAAGAGAAUUACGAGUAUUCGCGGGUCAGCGGAAGCGCGAAGCUCUUGGAAGAGGUCACGCGAGUCAGCUCGAAAGACCUCACGCUACCGGAUGUCGCGAGUGCGGACGGGCAAUCGCAUCUAGCGAAAUGGCUGUUAGUGCAAGCAGAGCCGGACCUUCAGCGUUGUGGCAUCCCGCCUGUUUUGUAUGUUGCGUAUGUCGACAAUUGCUCGUUGAUCUCAUAUACUUUUGGCGAGAUGGAAGACUCUACUGCGGUCGACAUCAUGCUGAAACCCUAAAACCACGAUGCUGCGCUUGUGAUGAAAUCAUACUUGCUGAUGAGUGUACCGAAGCUGAAGGAAGAGCAUGGCACAUGCGACAUUUUGCAUGUCUUGAAUGUGAUCGCCAGCUUGGUGGCCAGAGAUAUGUCAUGAGAGAAGGUCGACCCUACUGCCUCCACUGUUUCGACGCUUCGUUUGCCGAGUACUGUGACAGCUGUGGCGAGCCUAUCGGGGUUGAUCAAGGUCAAAUGUCCCAUGAGGGACAGCACUGGCAUGCAACCGAAGCGUGUUUUUGUUGCGCUACUUGUCGAACAUCCCUCUUGGGACGUCCGUUUUUGCCACGCCGUGGUGCCAUUUAUUGCAGUAUAGCUUGCAGCAAGGGUGAACCUCCUACAACCCCUAGCGAUUCAUCGGCUGGUCCUCCCCCUCCUCCACCGCCAGCCUUUCCCAGAGCUGGCAGAAAAGCACCAACACCAAGUGAAGGUUCAUCGAGCCCUCCGCCUCCUCCCCCUACGACGAGACAUGUAAUCAGUUCAGCGAGGAAUUCACCCAGAAUGCCACGUAAACAUUAUCAAGGAUCAGCUUCCUUAGCUACAACUCCGACACAGGCUUCAGUACUUGAGUUUCCGGCUGAACCUCUUCCGGGAGCUGGAUCCAGGUCCGGGGGACUUGACAGGGUUAUACUUGAGAGAAAUCUCGAGAGGUUACUACAAGAACGGAACACGCAUCCCGAAGAAACUCCCAGCGAACUCGGAAGAUUGAUGCAAGCCAGGGAUCGAGAACCGCUCCGCUGUGUUCCUACUUGUCCACCGACUCAUGCAUCAAGUAUGCCGGAACUACCACCACCGCCAUAUUUGAUAGGCCAACAAAGUGCUAGUGUCAGUCUGUCCAGUCCUUCCGCCGAUACAACCGAUAUUUGUGGCAAUCUUAACCUCAAUGAUCCACCCACUCCAACGUCCAGGCGUGUAAGAUUUCAGGGCGAUGAUCCACACGCGGUAUCAACGUCCUCGAUGCCAUUGAAUAAUUCUGCGGAUACACCGUUAUCCCCGUCAUCUUCCAGACCUCAAGUCCCUCGCUCCAGAAGUCUCCAACCGGAAGAAGUCGCCAGUACUUCUUGGGGAAAUGUUGGACCGCGAACGAGGCAUGAAGACAACGAGAGUUGUUGCUCGACGUGCAGCUCGUCGAGUAGCUCGGACGAAGCCACGGCUUACGCCCUUCCACCACGACGUGCCUAUGGCGGUGUAAGAAUAUCAUACGUGCCAAACGACGCAGUAGCUUGUGCGAGACGACGUGCAGGACCGUUUUCAGUUACCUCGGGACAAUCACAAAAGGAUGCCGAGAAAUGUGUUGUAUCUUGAUCUUUCCUUUCGCGGUUUAAUCCGCGAAAGAUCAUAAUUCGAUCUGCUAAGAACACUUUUGCGAUAUGAUGAUCUCGUCCGAAAAGAUAACCAGAAAUAGCGUCAAAUCAUUAUAACAUCUUAGCGAGAUACUAUAAGAAUGCCUUUUCUCGCUCGUAUUUAACUAUUCCUAUUAUGAAAACUGUAGCGGAGCAUGCAGGCGAGCUCCCUCCAUUUGUACAUUUGAUACAUGUCGAAUAUUACCAUAGUAUUAAUAAUAUUAAUUUCUCAUUUUGAGUAAUCGUAACUUUUGUUCUAAUGUAAAUAUGAAAAGAUUAAACGAUCGUGAGCUACUCCGGA